AUGCGUCCCCCGAAUCGCGUGUUCACCAGAAUUAUCCGCAUCUCCAAGUUCCAAUAUCCCGGUCUGUCACCCCCUGGCCUCGGGAAGUUGUGGAGAGCUCUCGGGAUGCUUCUCGAGCCCGACUGCCCGAGUGUGGCACCCCCAUUCCCCGCCAUGUAUUUGUUGCAUGUUCUGCUACCCAAUCGUCUUCACCCUAGUCCGCGGAGGGUUUUGAGUUUGGGCUAUAUGCUUUUAAAGUCGACAUCGACAUCUCAUGAGAGGCAAGUUGAGAUAUUUUACAAACACAUCGAUGGAUUCGGAGCCAAAGAAAUCGAGCAAGAGAGUACUGUCAUGUGUGCUCUGCCAACAGAGGAAAAAGAAAUGCGAUCGGAAGAGUCCGUGUUCAAAUUGCAUAAGGCUCAAAACAGUCUGCACUCCAAGUUUACCAGCUCCGCCAAGGAAGCGCAGACGCCCGAAUCAAGAUCUUCUGGAAAGGCUUGCGAGAUGUGA